CGGGUCUUCGACUGUGACUGCGCUGCGCUGCGCUGCGCUCGGGUUCCAAGCGGCGGACAGCGGACGGGAGGUGCUCGCGACGCGCUCUCGCCCCACGUUGGACUGUUUUAUCGGGUUUUCUCGCACUUUGCCGCUGCUUUCUUCAGACAGGAAGCCGCUGCGGUGAGAAGGGGGUCUGCGCGCCCCUCUAGUGUUGUUCUUAUAUAAAGGCGGCGGCGGCGGCGGCAGCAGCAGCGGCGGGUGCGGCGGAGGCGCGUCCCCGAUGGCAGGCUGGAAGGACGGCGCGGUGCAGGAGAAGUACCGGCUCGUGGUGGUGGGGGGCGGCGGAGUGGGCAAGUCGGCCCUGACCAUCCAGUUCAUACAGUCCUACUUCGUCACGGAUUACGACCCCACGAUCGAGGACUCCUACACGAAACAAUGCGUGAUCGACGAGCGAGCGGCACGCCUGGACAUCCUGGACACGGCGGGACAGGAAGAGUUCGGAGCCAUGAGGGAACAGUACAUGCGAACGGGGGAGGGCUUCCUUCUCGUCUUCUCCGUCACCGACAGAGGAAGCUUCGAGGAAAUCUACAAAUUCCAGAGACAGAUCCUCAGAGUAAAAGACCGCGACGAAUUUCCCAUGAUCCUCGUGGGCAAUAAGGCCGAUCUGGAGCUGCAGAGACAGGUGACUCAGGAAGAAGGGCAGCAGCUGGCCAGACAGCUGAAAGUGACGUACAUGGAGGCCUCGGCCAAGAUCCGCAUGAACGUAGACCAAGCCUUUCAUGAACUGGUUAGAGUAAUAAGGAAGUUCCAGGAGCAGGAAUGCCCCCCGUCCCCAGAACCGUCUCGCAAAGAAAAGGACAAGAGCGGCUGCCACUGCGUCAUCGUCUGAUGCGCCCGGGGCUCCGUCCGCUCCGAGCGCAGCCGCGCCCCGCCCAGCUGCUGCCACCCAGACUCCGCCCCUUGCCUUCUGACAUCGCAUCCCGCGUGGAUCGGCGCCGCUUUCGUCACCCGACGCGACUCAUCGCGGCGAUCUCCGCGACAGCCUUAGCCGGGGAUGCCGGCCCGGGACUAAGCGACGGCGCGGGAACGGAGGCCAGCCUCCGACCGUCGGAACGGCGCUCUUCUCACCAAACGCCAACCAUCAGUCUGCACGUAACAGAACCUCACGACACUAAACACUGCUCAAGACCGCUAAAGAGAUUCCACGUUUUCUAUUCCGACAGACCUCUCUCGCCUUGUACCGACCUUUGUACCUUUUCACGGAAAGAAUGACGGCGAAACGAAGCGUCUCGAAUGUUAGUUAUAAACGCUUUUUUUUUUUUUUUUUUUUUUUUUUUAAUUGAAGGGUAGCUUUGCUGCUGCCUUGUCGAGUGAGGUAGUCUGAUCGAGCUUUCUCUAUGUUGUGCCAUAUCUCUUUUUAUUUCAUGUGCUACUCAACUACUGUACAUAUGUUUAAAAAAAAAAAAAGAAAGGAAAAAGUUGUGAUUUUGAAUGUGCUUUUUCAGUUAAUUAAACAGCCGGAGUAUUGUGAGCAAUUAGCCUGUCGUAACGUACGGAACGACCACAGAGACGUGUGUGUGUGUGUGUGUGUGUGUGUGUGUGUGUGUGUGUGUGUGUGUGUGUGUACGGAAACGGCCAGAGGUUCAGUAAGUGAUGACGUGUUUGAGUUGAGUCAUUUCAUUUGUUCCACUUUGAAUGUUGCUGUUGGUUUCCCCGCUAAAGCGGCCGGUCGAUUUCGGCAAGCCGUGAUUCUGAACGUCCCGAUGAACGAUGACGCCCGUCCGCACGCCGGAUCUUCUCCGUUUCCUCCGGCGGACCUCCCCAAAAUACGUCCCCGGCAAAGAGGAGGAGACGGUUUUUGCCAUCUUUUGUCGGCCGUCAGGAUGGAGCGGUACUAAACCCGAGGCAGCCGUGACGUAAACGCGUUAUUCCCAUUCCUUCGUCGUCCGUAGGUGGACACAGUAGAUGUAAGGUCAGCUCUAGGGGUGCGAUUCCUACGAAGUGUUCAGCUAAAUCAACUAAAUCAGAGUGCGCAUCUCUAGCGUGGCAGAAGAGAAGUUCAGUAUGGAGAAUCCAUUUUAAGAUCACCACUUUGGUACACGCUUGCGGAGACUCCACGCGCCCAAAGCCCGCCCCCUUCCGAGAGGACUCGGAUAGGUUUAGGUACCCACGCCCUGACUUGUACUAGCUCUGGGUCCUUUCAGAAGUUCUUUGGCAUGCUUUAAGGGCAGCCCGGUAACAUGAGGGCGGCUUCCUAUAAUAUGAUCGUGAAGGAUUUCAUCGUAUUUUGCUCAGAAGCGGAGGUCACCGUUUCCGGCCUCCUUCACCCUAUUCUUACCCUGAUUUAAAGCCAAUUUUCUGGAAUGAUGCGACUAUUGGAGGAUGAAGCGGACGCCGUUAUUUGUUUUGUUUACUCUUCACGUAAUGUGUGAAAGACAGCAAUUAUCCAUCGAUUAAUUUUUUUUGCUAUAUACUUUUUAUAUACUAUUUUCUUAUGAGACUAGUUAACGAGUAUUUUUCUAUGUUUGUAAUUGAAUAUGCUUUCAGUGCAAAUCUGUGUAUAUGUACAGAGGAGUAUUUAAAUCUGUUUUGUUUGUGAAGCGGUAACCGAGAAGAUUGUAGGAUUGUAAGCCCGUGUUGCGACGCUUCGGUCGAGGACGUUUUGUCCCUUUCUGGUGUGGAGGUGGAAGGGGUCGCAUCUCCAGGACGGCCUUCCAUCGUGCCCACCAGCUUGUCCCUGAUUGGCUGAGAGCCUUGUCCAGAUGUAGACUACAGGCUGGCAUCAGUUUGGCGUUCUUGCAGGUUAUGGUUUCAAGUGCAGGAACUCUCCCGACAUGUUGAAAGUAGCACGUGAUCUCCUCCCGAAUUUAUGUACAUCCGGUCCAUAUAGUGUGUUUGCGUGUGUGUGUGUGUGUGUGUGUGUGCGUGCGCGCGCGCGCGCGUUUUGGGUUUUUUUUUUUUUUUUUUUUCAUUUUUUAAAUAAUAAAAUUUUUAUGUCAGUCACCGCCUUUUUAUUCCCCUUAUAGC